GCCACUGUCUCUAGGAGACCAGGACCUACAACUGCUCAGAGCAAGAACCACAGCUGGUGAGAAAUCCAGGAGUGCACCCAAUGGAGGUGAAUUCCUCUCUCUCCUCGAAUGUGUCUGGAGGGAUGCAUGCUGUGCCCGCUGGCUAUCUUGUCCUGGACAUCUUCUCUUAUUUGGUAUUUGCACUUACCUUUGUCCUCGGCAUCCUGGGCAAUGGGCUCGUGAUCUGGGUGGCUGGGUUCCGGAUGACGCACACGGUCACCACCCUCUCUUACCUGAACCUGGCCUUAGCUGACUUCUCUUUCACCGCCACUUUGCCUUUCCGCGUGGUCUCAAAGGCCAUGGGAGGACAUUGGCCUUUUGGUUGGUUCCUAUGCAAGUUCAUUCAUACCAUAGUGGACAUCAACCUGUUUGGAAGUGUCUUCCUGAUUUCUCUCAUUGCUCUGGACCGCUGCACCUGUGUCUUGUGUCCAGUUUGGGCCCAGAACCACCGCACUCUAAGUCUGGCUAAGAGGGUCAUCAUAGUGCCCUGGAUUUUUGCUCUGCUCCUCACCUUGCCAAUUAUUAUUCGUCUGACUACCAUGGCUGAUGAAAGGGGCACAGGGAAAAUAGUCUGCGGUUUUGAUUUUUCACCCUGGACCAAGGACCCUGUAGAGAGGAGGAAGGUGGCCUUCACUAUGCUGAUGGUGAGAGGGAUCAUACGCUUCAUCAUUGGCUUCAGCAUACCGAUGUCCAUCGUGGCUGUCUGCUACGGGCUCAUCGCCACCAAGAUGUACAGACAAGGCUUGAUUAAGUCCAGUCGUCCUUUACGGGUCCUGUCUUUUGUUGUAGCUGCCUUUUUUCUCUGCUGGUUUCCCUAUCAGGUAGUGGCCCUCAUAGUCACGGUCAGACUCCGGGAAUGGUUGCUUGGUAUGGGCCAAGAUCUUAGAAUAGCAGUGAACGUGACAAGUGCCCUGGCCUUCUUCAACAGCUGCCUCAACCCAAUGCUGUACGUCUUCAUGGGCCGGGACUUCCGAGAGAGACUAAUCCAGUCCCUGCCCACCAGUCUGGAGAGGGCCCUGAGUGAGGACUCACCUCUGAGCACGAACACAGCCGCUGAUUCUGCUUCACCUCCUGCAGAGGCUGAGUUAUAGGCAGUGUGCGGAGGGGGCUAGGAGACAUGUUGGAGAUCCCAGUCCCAGCUUCCUCUCAACUUGAGUUAUACUUAGACACAGGCACUCCUUGCUUAUCUUUAGGUUACCCACUUACCAGGAAAAAAAAAAAAUCGUGUUCCCAGAUUUGGAGAGAAGAAAUAGACCUGAACUUACUUUCGAUUUUCUUUCUUUUUCUUUUCUUUUCUUUUUUUUUUUUUUAGUUUUUGGACCUCAGUCUGUGGUAGUCAGUGAUAGGAAGAUCACGUGCCUUCAUUUGCCUGACAUGGUCCUGAAUGAUAUCUUUUACUGGGGCAUAAUUACUCAUAGUGUCCACUCUCAUUCUGAAAAAUACCCCAGUGUGGUGAAAGGAAAAUGAAGGAGGAGGAAGUAUGAAAGAGUAUGGCUUAAAUUAGACAAGAUAGAAAGGGAGGUACUUUGUAUAAAGUUCUUAGCCUUUAUUGAUCAAUAGCUAAGUAAAAAUAGGAAAGUUAUCUAGAUGUCAGGUGAAGACUUGCCUGAUCCCUUGCAUCCUAUAUUUUGUGAAAGAUUGUUCUCCCCCCAAAACACAAGGUCUGUGUUUUUACUUGUACCUCUCAGUCUUGCUUCAAGUAAAUUAGUCCAGUUUAACACUUUAUUUGGGCUUGCCACAGUCCUUGUCCUAAAUGGAAUUAACUCAGAGUGGAAUGCAGACGUUUACCCCAAUUUUUGUAAAAGCUACUUUCAUGAAAUGUAUAAAAACUUUCAUAAGAAGUGCAAGGUCUUUCAAUGCAGAACACAUUUUACAGAAGUUUGGUGAUGUGGUAGGUGACAGACAAAUAUGAAAGCUUCCCGUUGAACUUUAGACACCCUUGUUCUUAAAAGUCUGUCUUCCUUCCUAUCUCCUCACCUCCGAAUUUCUACUUUUUCUUUUUUAGGUACCAUACAGAGAAAUUUAACCAUCAUGCGCUAGACCACUUAACUUCUUAUCCCCCAGGUCUCUUGUCCCAACCCAAGUCAUUUAUCAGUGAUAAGCAUCCUCCUUAAGAAGAUUGCUGGUGUCAGCUCUUAAAGGAAUCAACCAC